AUGUCGGACAGACCUACGCGUGGGCGGCCCCAGCACUCGCGGAACAGUCUCAUAGAUCUAGAAAACGAACAACCUGUAUAUUACACCGGCCAGCGCUCCGACCUUAAUGACGAUGACCUCCUUCGAUCUUAUACCACCGACCACGACCCCCAAAGUCGCCCAUCCGUUUCAUAUGAUGACUUUGUAGGAGGAGCAGGAGGAAGAGGAGGAGUGGGAGGCGGCGGUGGCGGCGGCUUCAGAAACCAGUAUUCGACUGGUGCAUCACCUCCUCAACAACAAGCCGGUGUCGUCGGCGCUAACACAGGUCCCUACCAACUAAACCGCUACGAGAGCAGUCAGUCAUCAGGGCUGGGUAACUACCAGCGGUACGCCGAUGACUUCGACGACUAUCCCACCGAUGCCGACUCGUACUACCAACAAGGCGGCACCGUACCGCCCUCGACUGGCCCGACCGCGGCCCGGCAGAACGCGCGACAACGGAAUAGCGUUCUCGGGCUCGGUGGCGGCUUCUUCGGUCGAGUGAAGAAUCGGUUAGGCAUGGGCCAAGGGUACUCGGAGAUGGACCUACCUUUAACGGAACAGGCCAGCACAAGGGUGGACUCUGGCAAUCUUGAUCAAAGGAGUACGACGAAAAAGGAAAGCAAGUUUGAUCUGGGCAAUUUCAAGUUCGGCUUUGGAAGAUCGAAACCCGAUCCGGCGACCUUGGGACCCCGUAUAAUAUAUCUCAACAACCCGCCGGCGAACGCGGCGAACAAAUACGUCGACAACCACAUCUCGACGGCAAAAUACAACGUUGCGACCUUCCUCCCGAAAUUCCUCUUCGAACAGUUCUCCAAAGUCGCCAACAUCUUCUUCUUGUUCACCGCUGCGCUACAGCAGAUCCCAGGACUGUCGCCCACGAAUCAAUACACGACCAUUGCGCCCCUUAUCAUUGUGCUGCUGGUGUCGGCUGGUAAGGAGUUGGUGGAAGAUUACAAGAGGAGACAAGCCGACAAGGGCCUCAACAUGUCCAGAGCCCGCGUCCUGCGGGGGUCUGAGUUUGCCGAAACGAAGUGGAUCAAUGUGGCCGUAGGCGACAUUAUCAGAGUCGAAUCCGAGGAGCCAUUCCCUGCCGAUUUAGUUCUUCUCGCCAGUUCCGAGCCUGAAGGUCUCUGCUAUAUUGAAACGGCGAACCUCGACGGCGAAACCAAUCUGAAGAUCAAGCAAGGCCUGCCGGAAACUUCGACUAUGGUUAGCACGAGCGAGCUCUCCCGCCUAGGUGGGCGGAUCAAGUCGGAACAACCCAACAGCAGCCUGUACACGUAUGAAGCUACGAUUACGAUGCAGACCGGCGGUGGUGAAAAGGAACUCCCUCUCAACCCCGAGCAGCUUCUCCUCCGCGGCGCUACCCUGAGGAAUACCCCCUGGAUCCACGGCGUCGUCGUCUUUACCGGUCACGAGACGAAGCUUAUGCGCAAUGCCACGGCGGCACCGAUUAAGCGCACCAAGGUCGAGAAGAAACUCAAUCUCCUCGUUCUUCUCCUGGUCGGCAUUCUCUUGGUUCUCAGCAUCAUCUCAACCAUUGGCGACUUGGUGAGCCGUAGGAUCGACUUUGACUCUCUGUCGUACCUCAUGCUGGAGCCCAUCAGCGAUGCCGGCCAGAUUGUCAGGGCUAUCCUGAAGGACAUGGUCACAUAUUGGGUUCUCUUCUCAUCUCUCGUUCCUAUUUCCCUCUUCGUCACGGUCGAAAUCGUCAAGCUUUGGCACGGUCUGCUCAUUAACGAUGACCUGGACAUGUACUACGACCAGACGGACACGCCGGCCAACUGCAGGACGUCCAGCUUGGUGGAGGAACUCGGCAUGGUCGAAUACGUAUUCUCUGACAAGACUGGCACGCUUACCUGCAAUAUGAUGGAGUUUAAGCAGUGUAGUAUUGCCGGAAUCCAGUACGCCGAUGAGGUGCCCGAAGACCGGAGAGCGACGAUCCAGGACGGCGUCGAGGUUGGAAUCCACGACUUUAAGACACUUCGGCAGAACCUAGAGAACCAGCACGAGACGGCUGCCGCCAUCGACCACUUCCUUGCACUCUUGGCCACCUGCCAUACAGUCAUUCCCGAGCGAGAGGAGGAAAAGGGUGGCAAGAUCAAGUACCAGGCCGCUUCGCCCGACGAGGGUGCAUUGGUAGCCGGUGCCGUGGAGCUCGGCUACACUUUCACGGCACGGAAACCCAAGUCGGUUAUUAUCGAGGCGGGUGGCCGGGAGCUGGAGUACGAGCUCCUAGCCGUGUGCGAGUUCAACUCUACCCGAAAGCGAAUGUCAACCAUCUACCGGUGCCCCGACGGCAAGAUUCGGUGUUACUGCAAGGGAGCCGAUACCGUUAUUCUUGAGCGCCUCAACGACAAUAACCCCCACGUCGAGGUCACGCUGAGGCACCUUGAGGAGUACGCGUCGGAAGGUCUUCGGACGCUUUGUCUAGCCAUGCGAGAGAUUCCCGAGCCGGAGUUCCAGGAAUGGUACCGGGUAUUUGACCAGGCCCAGACCACCGUCGGCGGCAACCGUGCCGAGGAGCUGGACAAGGCCGCCGAGAUUAUUGAGCACGACUUUUUCCUACUUGGAGCCACGGCCAUCGAGGAUCGUCUCCAAGACGGCGUGCCGGAAACGAUUCAUACCCUCCAGCAGGCGGGCAUCAAAGUGUGGGUGUUGACAGGCGACAGGCAGGAGACGGCCAUCAACAUCGGCAUGAGCUGCAAGCUUCUCAGCGAGGACAUGAUGCUGCUGAUCGUAAACGAAGAAUCGGCCGAGGCGACGCGCGAAAACAUCACGAAGAAGAUCGAGGCCAUCCGAACGCAAGGCGACGGAACGAUCGAGCUCGAGACGCUGGCGCUUAUCAUCGACGGCAAAUCCCUUACGUACGCGCUCGAAAAGGACCUAGAAAAACUCUUCCUCGACCUCGCCGUCAUGUGCAAGGCCGUCAUUUGCUGUCGCGUGUCGCCGCUCCAAAAGGCGCUCGUGGUGAAACUCGUCAAGCGGUAUCAGAAGGAGUCGAUCCUCCUCGCUAUCGGCGACGGUGCGAACGACGUGUCGAUGAUCCAGGCGGCGCACAUCGGCGUCGGUAUUAGCGGCGUCGAGGGUCUGCAGGCGGCGAGGAGCGCUGAUGUGGCGAUUGCGCAGUUUAGGUAUUUGAGGAAGUUGCUGCUUGUGCAUGGGGCAUGGAGCUAUCAGCGGGUUAGCAAGACGAUUUUGUUUUCUUUUUAUAAGAACAUUACUCUGUACAUGACGCAGUUCUGGUACACUUUCCAAAACGUGUUCUCCGGACAAGUCAUUUACGAAUCAUGGACACUAUCUUUCUACAACGUGUUCUACACGGUCCUCCCUCCCCUGGCCCUAGGUAUCCUCGACCAGUUCAUCUCGGCGCGUCUCCUCGACCGCUACCCGCAACUCUACCAGAUGGGCCAGCGCAACGAGUUCUUCCGGCUCAAAGUUUUCGUGCAAUGGGUCGGCAACGCCGUCUACCACUCGAUCAUCCUGUACAUUUUCGGCGAGCUCAUCUGGUACAACGACCUCGUCCUCGGCGACGGCAAGAUCGCGGGCCAUUGGGUCUGGGGCACGGCCCUCUACGGCGCCGUGCUCCUGACGGUCCUCGGCAAGGCGGCGCUCAUCACGUCCAACUGGACAAAGUACCACGUUCUGGCCAUCCCCGGGUCCAUGGCGAUCUGGUGGGUGUUUAUCGCCGUGUAUGGUAUCGUGGCGCCCAUGGCAAACGUAUCGAGGGAGUACACGGGGGUUAUACCCAAGCUGUACGGGAAUCCGGUCUUCUGGUUGCAGACUGUGGUGUUGGCGAUUAUGUGUUUGAUGAGGGACAUUGCUUGGAAGUUUGCUAAGCGGAUGUAUUUCCCGCGGACGUAUCAUCAUAUUCAGGAGAUACAGAAGUAUAACAUUCAGGACUACAGGCCACGAAUGGAGCAGUUCCAAAAGGCCAUCCGCAAGGUCCGACAGGUCCAGCGCAUGCGCAAACAAAGAGGCUACGCCUUUUCGCAGGCGGAAGAAGGCCAGACGAAGCUUAUCCAGGCGUACGACACGACGCAACACCGUGGUCGGUACGGAGAGAUGGCGAGCUCGCGGCCGGGGGCGGCGGGACAUCCCUUUUAG